AUGUCUGCUGUUAAAUUUUUUUUCGAUUAUCCUUUUUUAUUUUCACAACUUAGUGAAUACUUUAAAGAUAAUAAGAAUUUAUUUAAUUUGACACUGGUGUUGAGGGAAUUUGCAAGAUAUUUUGUAACCUUAUUAUGGCAUGAUCCAUUUAAGUUCAUUGAAAAUGAAGACAAAAUUUCUAGAGCAAUGAAAAUUAUCGAUAUUUUAGAAAUAUGUGUCAACAAUAAAGGAACAACUUUUAAAUAUUUAUCCUUUAUUAAAGUUUUAAAUUUAUCAUUCUUAAAGUAUAUAUUAAAAAUCAAGGGAUAUAAUGAAAUUAUUAAUUUUAUUGAACGUAUGUUAGAACAUUUUGGAACAUUAAAGUGUCUUCAUUAUGAAGAUAGGAAAGGUUUUGACCCUUUAAUUCCAUCAUUAAAAAAAUGUAUAAAAAUUGACACACUUUUGUAUUUUUCAUAUUCCGAUUCGAUGCCUUUCUAUGAUAAAACGUAUUUACUCGAUAAAGAUAAUUAUGUGGAACAUCUAUUUUUAGACAAAUCAACCAUGAAGUUUAAUUCAGAAUUCAGAUUCGAUAUUGUUAAACUAUUAUCUUUAGAUAAUUGUGAUCUAAAGGAUAUUGACAUAGAACAUUUCAUCAAACUUAAAGAAUUAAAUAUUACUGAAUGCAGUAAUCUUGAUUUAUCAGAAAUUAUUGCGUUACCAAUCGAAUGCACUAUCUUUUCUGAUUGUAAUUUAUUGUUAAGAGAUGUUUAUCCAAUUUUGCAUAAAAUUUACUAUUUAAGAAAAAUAAUUAUAAUAAGUAAUUUAUAUUGUAGUGAUGAUGUUGAAUUUAUCGAUGAAAUCGAAUAUUUUUAUUCGUUAGAUGAAGUUAGUAAAAUUAUGAAACCUCAUAUUGGUAGUGUUAGAAAACCUUUCUAUUUGAAAACAUUAAUAGUGAAUAAUCUACCAAUGAUCGGAAUUUGGAUCUAA